AUGCUGUACUCCGCUCUUCUCGUCGCCACCGCGGCCUUCUCCGGCCUUGCCGCCGCUCAGAACUCCACCUCCGACUUGACAUUGCCCCCGGGCGUCGGCGCCUGCUGCACUGUCGCUGCCAACGAUGUCCCCGAGCGCACCAGGGCGACUUGGUGCAGCGCCACCGAGAACACUUGCCCGGAGAUCUGUGGUGGACAGGGUCAGAUCGCGAGCGGUGGUAACACCUGCGACGAGGACACUCUCCAGUACACUUGCAAGUGCCGCAACGGCACGGAGCCCACCAUGGCCGAGUAUGAGCAGUCCGUCCCCGGUCUCAUGUGCCGUUUCUGGUUCGACCAGUGCACCAAUGCCACCAUCGCCUCCAAUGGAGAGGGCAACCAGGCAGAGCAGUUUGCAUGCGACACGUACCGAAACCAACAGUGCGGCAACAAGACCACCGCGGAUGCCGAGACCACCAGUUCUACUACCUCUGGUAGCAGCGGUGCUUCCUCGACUGGCAGCUCUGACUCUGCCACCGAGUCUAGCUCUACCGCAACCUCCUCUGCCGCCAGCGGUUCUUCCAGCACCCCUGGCGCCGCCGUCCGCCUUGCUCAGGAGUUCGCUGCUCCUGUUCUCGCGGGUGGCAUGAUCGCCCUCUUCGGCAUUGCCUUGUAG